UAAAAAUAUCUGAUCUGGUCAUAAGCUUUGAGACUGGAAGUCUGGAACAGAACAAACCCAGUUGAGCUAUGUUAGUUUCUACAAUCCCAACCAAUCCGUUCUCAGGUUUUCCUGUGCAAAAUAACAAUUUUUCAAGGCAGAAGAAAUGUGUUGUAAUAAGGUCAUGUGCUAGGAAGGCAAAGGAGAUAACAACUAAAAAGAAGAGUUACUAUGAGUUGCUAGGAGUUUCUGUUGAUUCAAAUUCACAGAAAAUCAAAGAGGCAUACAGAAAGUUGCAGAAGAAACAUCACCCAGAUAUAGCCGGCCAACAGGGUCAUGAGUAUACUUUGAUGCUGAAUGAGGCAUAUAAGGUUCUAAUGAGAGAGGAUUCAAGGAGGGAUUAUGAUGCAUCGAUCGGUCAAUUCAGAGCGAAUUUCGAAAAUGGCACCUCUAGCAUGGGUUAUAGCUCAUGGAGAGGGGUUUUGAGACCCCAAGCUCUAUUUGUUGAUGAAAAUGCUUGCAUAGGAUGUAGAGAGUGUGUGCACCAUGCAGCUAACACAUUUGUAAUGGAUGAGGUUCUUGGAUGCGCCCGCGUCAGAGUUCAGUAUGGAGAUGAUGAUAAAAACCUUGAGGUGGCGGUGGAUUCAUGCCCCGUAAACUGCAUCUUCCGCGUGGAGAGCGAAGAGUUGCCGGUGCUGGAGUUAUUGAUUCAACCUCAGUAUAAGGAAGGGUAUGGUGUGUUUGGAGGAGGCUGGGAAAGACCUGCAAAUGUUUUCAAGGCAGCAGAGUCAUUCAAAAAGCAGCAAAAAAGACAGCAGCAUACCGACAGACAUUAUCAAAGGAAUGCAUGGACAGCCGUUGACAAGGAAACGCCUGCUCAAGCUGAAGCGCGAGCUAAUGCUACUGUAAGAAUGAAGAUGGAGAUAUUCUCAAGGAUUUGGGAUCUGCUGAUAAAAGCUUUUGGUUCUGGCAUUUGGGAUGCUAAGCAGUAGAAUGUGCAUGACAGGAAGGGAUUAGAUUCGAAAACGUCGUCUUCUCAUACAAUUAUAGUACAAGAACAAUGUAGACAGCACAAAUGGCAAGCCUUACAAGCCAGGUUUCAGAGCUUCACAACAUCUACGCAUCAUGUAUAUAAGCUGUAAAGGGAUUGUAAUAGCUAUGGAAUUAGUAUAACCUUAAGUUUUGAUAA